CCAACACGCUAACUGCAUAUUAAAAAAACCCUAGCACCUCCCAGUAAAAUUUACAGACCAGAGCUAAAAAUAUUAAAAACCGUAUGGAAAUGGCUGUAGGUAAGGCGUUUCUGAUGUUUUUUCCCAGAAAAAAAAAACCUAACUUUUAGGUACCUAAGAAGAGUGCAAUCAGUACAAGAAGCUUUGGGUAGAAAUUUAGGUACUGUGCAUUUGAAGGGCAGGUCUGAAGGUAGAAAUUUAGGUGUCAGAGAGGGAAUACCUGCCCCCAUACCUAAUAUGACGAGAAUUUUAAAUGAUUAAGAAGAAGAUCUGUAAUUAGCUUAGUCGCUUAACAAUGGGCUACAACAAAAAUUAUUGCUUUAAAAAAAAUGUGGCUGUGCCGACCGUUGUUGAGUCCCGACUGUGCGGGGGACAACACAAACGUACUGUGCAUGGCAGAAGUGACGCAUUUAAUGCACUUUUGUCAUUCACUGGGCAGCGGGCAGCGGGCAGCGGGCACGCCAUUUUUAUAGCAUUCAUUCACUCCUUCCCCUUUCUCUGAACACUGCACACGCGAUCGCGACACUGCACGCAUAGUCGGUCGUCAUCUUUCUCGUGUGCUCCGCAGAUACAAAAUGCCCAAAAUUUAGUACAAAAUUUAAUCUUGUACAAUAUCUCCCCGCACUCCCAGCUAGCAGCCUGUUUUCAUGUCCUUCCAGUUCAGCUGAUUCAAAUGAAAGAUGCACUGGAGGAGUUGAGUUGAGUUGAGCUGAGCUGAGCUGAGCUGAGCUGAGUGAGUAUUUGGAUUUCCUAUGGUGGGGAUGAAGAUAAUGAGGAUUUAUCAGUGUGGUCGCCAAACAGUGCGAGUUAUAGAGCCCGACGGCCAAGUCAGGCAGCUCCACCUGCCCGCCGCCGUUGCAGAUCUGCUCCGCCUCCACCCUCACCAUUGUGUGAGUCACGCGGGCGGAGGAGCCAUUCUUCCGCUCGAAACGCAGCUCGAGAGCGGAGGAAUAUAUUUGCUUUCUCCCCUGCCGCGCCUCUUUCCAACCUCCGCCUCAGCCCCACCGCCGCUGCCCGGGACCUGCCCUUGCUUUGCCCAGCCGCCCGCGGAGGAGGAGGACGACGACAGGAGGGCUUUCAUCAAGUGCGGCCCAUCGAUCUGGUCCGGAAAGCGCCACUGGGCCUUUUCUAAGAUCUCCCCCGAGGGCGUUUCGCUCCGCGAGGCCGCCGGCGCCGCCGGCGGAGGCGGUGGCGGCGGUAAGGGCGGCGCCGCCGUGGUGAAGCGCAGCAGGGUUUGGGAGCCUUCGCUGGAGAUAAUUGUGGAGGACGAUGACGGAGUUUCUUUGGAAGGAGAUACAACAAUGACGGUAACGCGCACACGGAACGGCGUGAAGAAUUCGGCGGCCAAGCUUUCAAGAGACCGCCGCACCAGUUGCAGGGGACGGCAAUGAUCAUGCGGUGUAUCUGCCCCGUUUUCACAAUUUGUUCCAGUUAGGGUUUUGUAAUGCAAAAUUGUUGCCCUAGGCCCAACAAUGGAAAUGGAAUCUCUUUGUACUUGGAAAUAUUUGUUAUGGUGUUGUAGCACUCGUAUAUAUGCGCUGUGUAAUGACUUGUGAGGGUUUAACUCUGUAGAUUUAUGCAUUGUAGUUUGUAAGUAUAGAGCCCGUCUCAUCUUAAUUCAUCUCUGGUGAGCAAUCAAGCUAUAGCUCUGUUUUCCACGUUGUUGCAGUUUUUCUGAAACCCAUCUCAUCUCAAUUCAUCUCUGGUGAGCAAUCAAACUAUAGCUCUGUUUUCCAUGUUGUUGCUUUUUUUCUCAAACCCGUCUCAUCUCUGCAAUCAAGCUAUAGCUCUGUUUUCCAUGUUGUUGCACUUCCUUCUGAAACCCAUCUCAUUUCUACAAUCAAGCUAUAGCUCUGUUUUUCAUGUUGUUGCACUUCUGAAAUUUUGCAACAGGUAAGAAACCAAUUCAUUCCUUGUCAGAGAAUUUAUGAAGGCCAGGUAAGUUAAAGCACCAGUGGCAUUAACUGUGUACGUUUUAUCCAGAGCUCUUUAAUGGUUUUGGUAUUUAAAUUUGUGUAACUUUUACGGUGGUCACGGGGAAUGGAGCCCAUUAUUUGGCUUUCUCCAUGUGUGGGAAGAUUUGGAUGCAAGCUUUAGAGCCAGGGAGUUGGGUAAAGGUAACAGAAAGGAAAGAAAAACAAAUUUGUAGCAGGGCGGAGUUGUUGAGAAAGAUAGUGCUACCUAACAUAUGCUGUGGAAAUCCUCCGUGUGGUGUCAGAUUCUUCUGAACAUGUUCUUUUUAUAUCAGUAUAAGUUUGUCUGGUGUGAGGUAUACAGUUCCAAGCUGUCUAACUACCCACUCCUUAGGCUGCUGAUUCAAGAACAAGACAUGCAUACAGUUCCAAGCUGUCUAACUACCCACUCCGUCUGUCUGUUCCAUUGGAGUCACUCAUCCAGCAUUGGAGUCAGUAAUCCAAUAAGUAGUGUAUAUUUUAUUAGGGAGUGUGCAGGAUUGAAAGAGAUGGAGAUCUACUGUGGCUCAUCACGUUAUUGAGAACCCAAAAGAGGGAAAAAAUACCCACGGCUUUUACAGUUCAGGAAGAGAUUGAAAAGCUCAUUCAUGUGCACUUGUUUAUGGGAUCUCUCACUGUUCUUCAGUGAGUAUUUUGAAUGUGAAAUGUCUGCGUUUUGCACAGAUUCUUGGAA